CCCCACCUCCCUGCCGCCUCCCUCCCUGUCUCCUGGCUGCGCCCGGGCCGAGCGCCCCCUCCUCUCUUCCCCUCCUCCCUGCGUACCCCGCCCGUGAUCGCAUCGCGAACCCCUCCCGCCGCGCGGGGCUGGGGGACUCGGCCGCCCCCGCCCCACCUGGGAGGCGGCGGCGGCCAGCCUAGGCUGCAGUGGGGACCGAGAUCCGAGGCCCGGUGGCGGCCCUGCAUCUGGACCGGGCACGCGGGGUCUGUGCCUCUGCGCCCCCAGCCCAGGGCCGCGGUGCCUUGCCUUGCCGCGGACUGGAGGAGCCUCCUGGGCCCUGGCUAUUGGUGACCAGAGUCGUCCUGAUCCCGCAGGCCGGGCCCACCCGCGGCCCCCCAUGAGCGCGCCCGGCUGACCGGUGAGGCGGCCGCGGUGGAGCCGGCGUGCCCCGAAGGCAGCGGGGCCAUGGCCUCGCUGGACUUACCAUACCGAUGCCCGCGCUGCGGGGAGCAUAAGCGCUUCCGGAGCCUGUCGUCACUGCGCGCGCACCUGGAAUACAGCCACACCUACGAGACGCUCUACAUCCUCUCCAAGACGAACAGUAUCUGCGACGGCGCGGCCGCUGCUGCAGCGGCUGCUGCCGCCGCUUCUGGCUUCCCCCUGGCGCCUGAGCCCGCCGCCCUGCUGGCGGUGCCCGGGGCCCGGCGCGAGGUCUUCGAGAGCACGUCCUUCCAGGGCAAGGAGCAGGCGGCAGGGCCAGCGCCCACGGGGCCGCACCUGCUGCACCAUCAUCACCACCACGCGCCGCUGGCUCACUUCCCUGGCGACCUGGUGCCCGCCAGCCUGCCCUGCGAGGAGCUGGCCGAGCCGGGGCUCGUGCCUGCCGCGCGCUAUGCACUACGCGAGAUCGAAAUCCCACUCGGCGAGUUGUUCGCGCGCAAGUCCGUGGCAUCCUCUGCCUGUUCGACGCCUCCACCCGGGCCCGGCCCUGGUCCUUGUUCCGGGCCCGCCUCCGCAUCGCCAGCUUCACCAUCACCUGCGGAUGUCGCCUACGAAGAGGGUUUGGCACGCCUCAAGAUCCGUGCGCUGGAGAAGCUGGAGGUGGACCGGAGGCUGGAGCGGCUGAGCGAGGAGGUGGAGCAGAAGAUCGCCGGCCAGGUGGGCCGGCUACAGGCUGAGCUGGAGCGCAAGGCGGCGGAGUUGGAGACUGCGCGACAGGAGAGUGCACGGCUGGGACGCGAGAAGGAGGAGCUGGAGGAGCGUGCAUCUGAGCUUUCACGCCAAGUGGACGUGAGCGUGGAACUGCUGGCCUCGCUUAAGCAGGACUUGGUGCAUAAGGAACAGGAGCUGAGCCGCAAGCAGCAGGAGGUGGUGCAGAUCGACCAGUUCCUGAAGGAGACAGCGGCUCGGGAGGCCAGUGCCAAGCUGCGGCUGCAACAGUUCAUUGAGGAGCUCCUGGAGCGUGCAGACAGGGCCGAGCGCCAGCUGCAGGUCAUCAGCAGCAGCUGUGGCAGCACACCUAGUGCCAGCCUGGGCCGAGGAGGUGGGGGCAGUGCCUCAGGGCCUGGGGUGAGAGGCCCAGGCAGAAUGCGAGAACACCACGCAGGCCCAGCUCUGCCAAGCACAUACGCCGUUUCACGGCAUGGCUCCUCUCCCAGCACAGGGGCCUCCAGCCGUGUGCCAGCUGCAUCCCAGAGCUCAGGCUGCUAUGACAGUGACAGUCUGGAGCUGCCCCGGCCAGAGGAAGGGCCCUCGGAGGACAGUGGCCCUGGGGGCUUGGGUUCGCGGGCCCAGGCUACCAACGGUGGUUCAGAACGGUCCCAGCCCCCUCGUAGUUCAGGCCUUCGACGACAGGCCAUCCAGAACUGGCAGCGCCGACCGCGCCGUCACAGCACCGAGGGGGAGGAGGGGGACGUCUCAGACGUGGGCUCCCGAACUACUGAAUCAGAGGCUGAGGGCCCCUCGGAUGUCCCACGCCCUGCACCUGCUGUAGCCGGGCCCUUGAACAGCCGCCUCUCAGCCCGCCCUGAGGGAGGCAGUGGGCGAGGCCGUCGGGUGGAGAGAGGUAGCCCCUCGCGCUCCAAUGAGGUCAUCAGCCCAGAGAUCCUCAAGAUGCGCGCCGCCCUCUUCUGUAUCUUCACCUACCUGGAUACCCGCACGCUGCUACAUGCUGCAGAGGUCUGUCGAGACUGGCGCUUUGUGGCCCGCCAUCCUGCCGUCUGGACCAGGGUGCUGCUUGAGAAUGCCCGAGUCUGUUCCAAGUUCCUGGCGAUGCUGGCUCAAUGGUGUACCCAGGCCCACUCAUUAACGUUACAGAAUCUGAAGCCCCGACAGCGGGGAAAGAAGGAAAGCAAGGAGGAAUAUGCCCGGAGCACCCGGGGCUGUCUUGAAGCAGGGCUGGAGUCCCUGCUGAAGGCGGCUGGUGGGAACCUGCUGAUCCUGCGUAUCUCCCACUGUCCCAACAUCCUCACUGACCGGUCACUCUGGCUGGCCAGCUGCUACUGCCGUGCCCUGCAGGCCGUCACCUACAGGAGUGCCACAGACCCUGUGGGCCAUGAGGUGAUCUGGGCCCUGGGUGCAGGCUGCAGAGAGAUUGUCUCCCUCCAGGUGGCACCCCUUCAUCCUUGCCAGCAGCCCACCCGGUUCAGCAACCGUUGCCUGCAGAUGAUUGGACGCUGCUGGCCCCACCUCCGGGCCCUGGGUGUAGGUGGUGCCGGCUGUGGGGUACAGGGUCUGGCAUCACUUGCAAGAAACUGCAUGCGGCUGCAGGUGCUAGAACUGGACCAUGUGUCAGAGAUUACCCAGGAGGUGGCAGCUGAAGUCUGCCGGGAAGGCCUGAAGGGAUUGGAGAUGCUGGUGCUCACGGCCACCCCUGUCACCCCGAAGGCCCUGCUACAUUUUAACAGCAUCUGCAGGAACCUCAAAUCCAUUGUGGUGCAGAUUGGGAUUGCUGAUUACUUCAAAGAGCCCAGCAGCCCCGAGGCCCAGAAGCUGUUUGAGGACAUGGUGACAAAACUCCAGGCCCUGCGACGGAGGCCUGGCUUCUCGAAGAUUCUGCACGUCAAAGUGGAAGGUGGCUGCUAACCCGGGUGAGGGGCGGCAGGGCCCCUGCCAGCCCCACACCAAGGCACUCUUUGGACCUCUGGAGGGGCCCUGGCUUGGACUAGACCUUUGGAGGCCUAGUGUUACGCCAGGUUCCAGACAGUGGUUGAGUAACCCUGUCUAACUGCAACAGCAAAGUGACAGGUGACCCAGAGCACAGCCUCCCCAGGGCAGGGGCUUGGACAGAAGCUGCCCUGAGACCCCCAUGACAUGACAUCCUCAGCUGGCACAACCAGCAAGGAGCUGGCACACCAGCACCUGGUUGUCACCACUCAAGAGGAUCUGCAGUAACGACCCAGCAGCUCCUCAGCUGUUCAGGCAGGUCUCUCCUUCCUGAGGCCAGCUCCUGCUCAGGAGCCUGUCAGGCCACAGGCCAGAAGGGGCUUAAGGCAGCUCAGACAUGGCAAGGAGGACUCUUCUCCCCUUUCCCUGACCAAGCCCUCUGCGAGGCAGUCCCGUCAGACAGUGGGUCUCUCUUCCAGGUCCACAUUCAUUCUCCAGUGAUGAUCCAGGCAAGCCUAGGAACCCAGGUAGAAGGUUAGGGGAAAUUGGGGCAGGGCCAUAGAGAUAAGGUUAAAAGGGUAGAAAAAAAAAAAAGCCUGCAACUUCCCAGGACGAGACCCACACCUCCCUAGCAGGUAAAGGACUGGCCAGGUGGAGGAGACUACUGUAAGACAAAGACUUCUCAUUAUCACACCCCAGAGCGAAGCUUAAAGCAGUCUCUAUACUUAGCACUUCUUGCUGAGGGACAUGGGAGGGAGGGAGGACCCUGGGCUCCCUGUUGUGCUGAGGCUUGGGGAGAAGGGGCUUGCUUUACUUAACAGCUUGCUUGAGGCAAGGAGCCAGAUGCUGGUGCCAAGGCAGAGGAAAGAAUGUCCUCAGCCCAUCUUCCCGAGUCUUUACAGCCCUGGGCUGAGGCUACAAUAGAACACUUGGGGCAGGGUAUGUCACAGGCCCUUGCACCAUACCCAAGUCUGUUUGAGCACCAAAGCCCCGAAGACUGAGCAUCCCUGAGUUCCUCCUCUCAGAACUUGCAGUGGCUAAGGCAUGAGUCUUGGCAAUCCUCACUUGGGCAGAUCUUUCAAAUUCCUGGCCUCUCAUCCAAAUCUUAGGGUUUUUUUGCUCCUGUACAAGGUGGAAUCGUCUUGUCAAUUUUCUCCAGCUAGGCCACAGCAUGAACCCAGCUAUGAGUGCCGCCUACCACUGCUGUACGCCCUCCCUGCUCAGUGCUCCCAGAUCCCAUAGCUCUGUCCCAGUUUGUCAUCAUGAGUUGUGUGGCUUGUUCUGUCCGUCCUUUGAAGACUGAAAUGCCAAGGCUAUCAUGCUGGACACUCCAUGCCUAGUCCCGCAUGAAACCUCGGCUGUGUGGUACCUACACCCCUACCUCUCACAGCUGCCUCCAGUUGCUCCCCCCUCUCCAGCCCCGUCCCCAGGAGUCACAGGCAACAGCACAACUUUCCUCGCCUUCAGUGGCUCAGAAGGGAGGUGGAGGUGCACGUGGGGCCCAGCUGCCUUUAGUGGUCAGUUGUUUUGCCAGCUGCAUCCAUGUAGCCCCUGCUCCCUGUGACUCCAAGACCAGAGGUGCUGCCCUUCCUGUCUCCUGGAUAAAGCACAAAGUGAUGUGGUAGUUGGCCAAGCCCGCCCCCAGGGGCUUCCAUUCCUCAACCCCAGGAUUUGGACAUCUUCCUGGGCAGGGGAGGCACUGGAAUGCCUGGUGUUGAGGGAAACAGGUGGCAGUGCACAGCCAUCAGGGCAGGAAGCAAGGUCAAUAGUCCCAGGCUCUACUACAUCUACACCACAUCCUCAUCCAUGGAGAGGGAACACACCCCUUUUGUUGGCAUAGUCUGCUCUCUGCAAAACUGUGUCCAAGAAGUCUUACCUGUGUUCUUGCUGAGUAGAGU